AAUGUGAUAUUGUUUGCAGUUGUCACAUGUUUGAGUUUAAGGGAAUAAUUUGCAGACAUGUUGUCACAGUUUUGAUCCAAAAAGGUGUCAGAUCAAUACCUGAGAGGUAUAUCAUACGACGAGGGAGGAGAGAUGUUAGUAGAUCCUAUAUGAGGGUCAAGAUUAAUUACAACGGUUGGAUUAGUACGCCUAGCCAGUUGAGGUACGAUGAACUGUGUAGUGAGUUUGCCAAGGUAGCAGACUUGGUAGCAAACGACGAAGAACAAACUCGGGCAACUAUGGAGUGGAUCCAAUCUCGAUUGAAUGCAUUGAGCAUAUCCAAAGUGAAGUCGAGUUGCGGUAGUCAUAUGUAUUCUCAACACAAUGUGGAAGAACAAGGCCCUGAUUGUGGAGAGGCAGCAACAGAUACAAGUGGCCAAAUAUUUGAUCCAAGAUGCUCGCAGACAAAGGGAGCCCCUAGGAAGCUGCGCAAGAAGGGCCCAUUGGAAACAAAUACUAAGAAAACGAAGGUCGGAUCCUCGAAAGAAAACAAAGGCAAGGCCCCACGGCAAAACAUUGUUCAAAAUGUUCAAGCAGUCAAUGAAGGUUUUUCACAACAUGCACAGUAUCAUGCGCUUACACCAUUGACCUACUCACAACAUUUGAUGGCUACCACUUACUAUCAAACCUGGAAUCCUUCUCCCGGAGUGCCUAUGUUUGGCACGGGUCAACCUUUUAUGCCAAUGAACCCGCCCUACAGACAGCCCGAUGACAACUUACCAGAUUUUUGAGAUUAAGGUGACCCAGGUGAGAGUUAGAAAGAGAAGCAAGAGGAUUGCGCUCAUGUCUUAUUUGAUAUGAAGGAUGUACUGAUUUUGUAUUGUAGCAAGAAGAUUGUACUAAUUUUGUUAGAAUGUGACUUAAGAAGUUAUUUGAGUUCGACUUGUGGGUUUUGUAUUUGCUCUAACAUCCUUUGAAUUAAUAUUUUAUGAUAGUUUUUGAGGAUUAUGGCGAAAUGUAAGUAAUGAAAUGUUUUACUUACAUUACAUGAUUUUGUA